ACGAUUUCAUCGUGAGUUCAUCGAUACUGCCAGCUGCUAUUUCAUGCAAAAGGCGUUGAACUCUGCAUCAACUUAUUGGUCACGAACAUAUUGAAUGGGUCAUUAUUCUGAUGCAGUGACUUCCCCCGGCUGAGUAAACAAAAAAUACUCAAAAAAAGAUCGGAAUCGACUCAUGCUACAUAACAUUCUAUUACGCACAUCACAGCGAAGUCACAUUAUCUAGAACAAGCCACCCGUGCCAAGAUCAUCACUAAUAUUUCGCCAUGGCUGUGAAAAGGGUUGCUGUUAUUGGGGCCGGGAUAAGCGGUCUGGUUUCUACCAAAAGCUGUCUCGAGGAGGGAUUCGAACCUGUGUGCUUCGAACAGACAGAACAAAUAGGUGGUGUCUGGGUAACCAGCGACCGAAGGGCCCCUGGAACAGAGACGAGGGGCGCCAUCUACGACUGCCUCAUCACAAACUCGAGCAAGGAGAUGAUGUGUUUCAGUGACCACCCUUUCGAUCCAUCUGUCUCGCCGUACAUCCAGGGCAAUCAGGUUCUAAACUAUUAUCAGGAUUAUGCCAGACAUUUUGAUCUCGAGCCGCAUAUACGAUUGAACACGAGGGUUAUUCGUGUGGAGCCCAUGGAAGACUUCGAUAAGACUGGUCAAUGGCACGUGGAGAGCCAGGGCCCGAGUGGUGAGGUCGACGAGGAGGUGUUCGAUGCGGUGAUGGUGUGCUCAGGGCUUCAUAACAAGAGCUAUAUUCCCUCUCUUCCAGGAAUGGAUGACUUUAAGGGCGACAUCGUUCACAGUUGCGACUUCAGGAACGGAGAGAAAUACGCUGGAAAAACCGUCGUCGUCGUCGGUGGUUCGCAUUCGGCGGGUGAUGUAGCGGUCGACACCAGCAGGCAUGCGAAAAUGACCUAUCUUUCGAUGAGGACCGGUACGACAGUGCUACCCAGGCAGGGGCCAGGGGGUGCUCCCAUCGAUACGUACAUCAAUCGUCGAGUCAGGGGCUUGGUGCCCCUCGCCCUGUGGAAGAUGUGGAUGAAGUCAUUCAUCUCUUACCGGUUAGAUAUGGACAGUCUUGGCCUAAAAUCCGACAGGCCACUCUUCGCUUCCACUAGUCUGAUGGUCAAUGAUACGAUAGGGGUUCGGAUCUGGUGCGGUGCUCUCAAAGCCAAACCUAACAUCGCUCGCUUCACGGAAACCGAUGUCAUCUUCGUCGACGGCACCGUGAUCGAGAACGUCGAUGCGGUCAUCUUCGCGACUGGUUAUGAGUUCAAAUUUCCAUUCAUCGACAAGUCCAUCCUGCAAGAGUCUUAUGCAGAUCUGGAACUUUAUUGGCACGUUUUCCCGCCGCGUCUAGCCCACCAGACAAUAGCCAUGGUCGGUGCCACCAACUCAGUAGGUGCCCAAGGGCCCAUCUAUGAACUCCAGGCCCGUCUGGCGGCGCGGGUCUUCAAGGGACUGGUCGAACUACCAUGCCAGGAGAGAAUGCUAGAGGAUGUAGCCAGGAGGAAAAAUAUCUUUAAGAUGAUCUACGGCAAUCCGAAGAUACAUUUUCCACCGAUCCCGUACUGUGACAUGGUAGCUGCAAAGCUCGGAUGUCUACCGCGGUUCACGGAUCUGCUGAAGUCGGAUCCGGUACUUGCCUUCAAAUUCUUCUUCGGUCCCAACUAUCCACCAUUCUACCGGUUGGUUGGCCCCCAUGCAUGGCCAGGAGCCCGGGAUGCAAUCAUGAAAGCAAAACACAACACGGUCAACCCGACCAGGACCCGCAAGGUUCGAAAUCCAGGAACUGAUCAAUCGAGUCUAUUUUUCAUGUUUCUCUUGGUUGUUAUUCCGCUCCUAAUUUUCCUAAUGAUCUUUACGUAGUUUAAUGGAUACAAUAAUAAAUGAUAAUCAUGGCCAUACGCAGCGGGGGAGGGGCAGUUGUCCCCCCCUCCCAAGAAGUGUUGAGAAAAAUUCUUUAUUUUUCACAAAUCCUUCAAUUUCAAUUUAGAAAAUACAAAAGCGCACCCAUCACAGCUCGGUUGCUUCGCUCCCUCGUUUUCAUGAUUAAAAAAAUUGCGCGCAUCUUGAUCCUGGAAAAAUUAUGCGUACGGCCACGAUGAUAAUGUCAAUAUUUAUAAAGCGUUUAAUACAGUUUUAUAAGCGCUGAUGAAUAUUACCCCGGCUUUAGCAAAAUAAUUGAUGUCUUGCCCCACCCCACCCGAAUGUUGUACAUUUGAUAGAGUCAGGUUUGGGGAAUGCUCUCUGUCGGGUUAGGGGCUUGGGGGCAGCUGUGUCUUGAAUAUUACAACAUGCAUGUGUUGAUAUACUAAUUAUCAUCUUUAGAAAGAAAA